AGGGUUAUUUUAAUUUUUAUUAGAAGUCUAUUCAUAUAAAAGAGAGAAAGUUGAGGGAGAGAGAAUUUCAAUACUUUUACGUUAGCUUGCAUCAGUCUUCUCGGGAAAAAAUUCCUCGCAAGAGUCCAAUUAUGGAGGUGACACAGCCGCAGUCCAAUGCUUCUGUUACCGCUACUCGUCAACCUCGAACAGACCCCAUCAAUGACAACAACAGAAAGAACUUCAUUGAUAUUGAUUAUUUUAAUUCUUUUCCACCCGGGUAGAGGUUUCGCCCUUUGGACGGAGAGCUUGUCGUUCAUUACUUGAAAAACAAGAUAGCCAAUCAACCCUUGCCUCCAAACAAGAUCAUGGAGGUUAAACUUUAUGAGUACAAUCCCGAGAAGCUUGCAGAGGAGUAUUGGCAAAUUGGGGAGACAGAAUGGUACUUUUUUACACCAAGGGACAAGAGAUAUCCAAAUGGAAGUAGACCAAAACGAGAUGCCGGUGGUGGAUACUGGAAGGCAACUGGAGGGGAUAAAGCUGUUAAAUAUAAGGGUGCUGUGGUUGGAUAUAGGAAGGCACUUGUUUUCUACAUGGGAAAGCCUCCAAAUGGUACAAAGACUAACUGGAUUAUGCAUGAAUAUAGGGUCAGUGAUGCCCCUCCAAGAAUCAAAACAAGUGCCGAUGAUAUGAGGUUGGAUAAUGUGGUUUUAUGCAAGAUAUAUAAGAGGGAUGCGAAAGACAAUUUGAGAAGUCGACUUUCAAAUGAGGAACAAUCUGCAGAGUUAGAUGAUCAAACUGCUGAUGUUGUUAGGGAUGUUGACAAAAAUAGCGAUCCUCCAGCCUACACAAACGCCCUUAAUGACAAUAAGCAAAUUGUUUCAAUCCCAAUCCAAGAGAAUCCAAGUGCAUUUUUUGAAGAUCCUCCUUAUGUUCCAAUCAACGAUCAUGAUCAUCACCAAGCAAUGUUAGAAGCUGCCAAUUAUCAACGAGCAAUGUUUGCAGCUGCCAACUAUGGAUCUUAUCGAACUUAUGCUACUGGUAUGACACCACCAAUGCCUGAACCUGUUCAGAUAUAUCCCCCAGAGGACAUCCAGAUACAUCCCACAGAGGACAUCCAGAUACAUCCCACAGAGGACAUCCAGAUACAACCCACAGAGGACAUCGUAUCUAAAUAUCUGAAUGAGAAUUCUUGUGAGUUCGAGCUAUCACUAUCACCGGAUGAUUGGGAUAUUAUUUCCAAUUGUCUACUAUAGUUAGUAAUUAGUUAUAUACAGUGAUUGACCAUCAUCUGAUUUGAAAUUAUUUAGUCAUUUGGUGAUCAACUUAUGUAUAGGAUGAUGAUAACUGGUUAGUUAGCAGGGAACAUCCAGUUUUGUAAAUUGAAUUUGCUAGAAUCAAUGGAAAAACAAU